AUAUUUGAACCAUUAUUUAUACAUUUUGCUCUGCUCAUCAAUCUCUUUUUUAAUCUGCAAGCACCUCCAGGAUCAUAACAUUUUUUUAUUUUUUUUCUACAACCAAUAAACAAGUUCACAAGAAUCAGUUUGCAGGCAAUUCAAACCUCAGAGCCAUGAACCGUGGGACUUAUGUUGCUCUGGCCGCAGCUUUUAUGUCGAUAAUUCUUCUUGUUUUGAUCCUGUUUAUUGUAAGAAGAUGGUUUUAUUCUAACAAGCAGGCUCCAAAUUCUAUGGUUGCAAAUAGUGAGAAUCUCGAAACAGGGUCGAGGUUUCAACAUCUUGAUCAAGAAAAUAACAAGAGACCAAAUUUUCAUGUUUUUCGACGAGGUUUUGCUUCCAAGCCAUUGUUUAGUUGGGCUGAUAAUCCGUCUCUUGUAGGUGAAGCCGCGGAACAAGGAUGGUUGGCGUUUGCUUUUACCAACUACGCCUCGUAUACAGCCUCUCCGUCGCUUAGGUCAGCUCGGACAUUGCUAGCUAUAUGUUCUGCAGGGGAUAAAGUUAAUGAAAUGGGAGUUGAGAUUGAUUGGGAAGCUUGUCAGGGCUCGAAUGAAUUUUUGCAGAAAAUUAGGCUGAAUUCUGGUUUAAAGAAGAUUAAUACAAGCAGUUACGCGAAUUCUGUGAUUAAAACAGCUUUGCCUUUCCCUGGUCCUUCUUUUGGGAAUUCAGCUUUCCCACAGGAGGCUUAUUUUGAGAUCAGGAUACUGUUUAUUAACGAAGGGCGUGACAGGAAGGGUGUCGAUGGAGAAGGGGAGAAAGCAAUGCUGAUAGGGGAUGAUUCGGAAUCUGUGGUCAGUGUUACUAGCAGUAGCAAUGGUCAUGGGAAUGGGAAUGUGAGGAUUGAUGACAGAAGAGUUGGAUUUAGAGAAGGAAAAGGCGAGGCGGCCACAUUGUUGUCGUUGGGACUAAGCGUUGGAGGCUCUCUUCCACUAAAGCUUCCGGGGAGCUAUCCAGGAUCCAUCGGUUUCAAUUCUAAUGGAUCUGUCUAUUUGGAUGGAAUCAAGCUUAUUUCCGAAUCAGAAACAAAGGAAUGGGGAAGAAAGGAGAAGGUAAUCGGAUGCGGCUACAAUCCUAGCAAGAGAAAAGUGUUCCUGACAGUAGACUCCGAAAUUGUGCAUGAAAUCCACUGCAAGUCCGAGGAGUUUGAAACUCCACUAUAUCCAACUCUCGCAGCCAACGGCGACAUUACUUUUCUAGUAAAUUUUGGACAAACCGAAUUCCAAUAUGCACCAGCAAAUCCGCAAAGAAUUGUGAAUCCAUGUUUCACUAGCCCUCUUGGAAAUUCUCCUUUACUGAGCUAUGAUGACAAAGAGCUCUUCUCAAUAGGUAGAAUCAAUUCGCAAUGGCGGAACCGAUCAACGACAAGAGGCCAUUACCUGUAUGGCAGUAGUACUAACAGAGGUACUGCAGAUUUUGAUGAGAUCUCGGAAGGCGAUUUGUUUGAAAUUGCGUUAAAUAGUUCUGGAAGAUCUCCAUACUCUGACAGUGUAGCAAGAGGGUGAAUAAUGAAUAUAUUGUUCUUAGUUUUAGCCUAGGAUACAUUGUAAUUUCCUGAUAACAAGUCUUCAGGGUAGAUGAUUCAAAGCCAUGAGUGCGAAAAUUUGAAUUUCUGUAAAUGGCCCUGUUCAACAGCCAUUGUUUGGUUAAAAAUAAAAUUACCACUGAUUUAAGCUUA